AUGGUAUCUGUAAAAGCAUUCUUCACGGCAGCCGCUGCUGCCUUCCUCCUGCUGGGUGUCCAGGUUGCCCAGGCAGCAGAUGGUCACUCAACGGUUGGUGUCGCCGGAUAUGAUCUCGUUUCUUAUCACGCCAACCCGAAACCAUUGCGCGGCAAUGGCCACAACGUCUCUGUCCAUGACGGUGUGACUUAUCUCUUCUCUAGUGCCGAAAACAAAGCAACCUUCGACGCUGACCCAGCGAAGUUCCUGCCAGCCUAUGGCGGCUACUGCGCAUUCGGUGUGUCUGUUGGCAAGAAAUUCUUCGGCGACCCAGAAGUAUGGCGCAUUGUUGACGAGCGUCUGUACCUGAACCUCGAUGCAAAAAUUCAGGACCUGUGGCUGCAGGAUGUACCUGGCAAGAUUGCGACGGCUGAUGAGCUCUGGGAGCAAAUCGAAGACACGCCUGCAAGCGAACUCUAA